AUGGACAGGGCGGCGGCGGCUCGCGCUCAGGCUGUCGGUCGCGUGGAGCGCUCCAAGUCCGAGCCUCCGACAGGUCCGCACAGCUACAAACUCAUCCACGCGCAGCUUGUGCCCUUGCUUGGGCUAUCAGUAUCACUAUUCUACACUGCCCGAGACCCAUCGACGCGGGACCAUGCCGCACUGCGCAUGGAAACCGCUGACCUUGCAUUCGGCGGUUCUCGCCAUGGCCCUCGCUUCGACUGUCACUCUGGAUAUAAAACACUGACCCCCCGCCUAGGACCUCCCACUACUUUUUUCCCCCUUAUACUCACACCGAUGAUCAAAGACAGCGUCAGCAGCUCCGGCGAUAGUAUCACUGCUAUCAAUGGCCCUAGCAGCUCUGCCCCGCGGGAAUUCCUCCAUCCGCACUACGAAGGCGACUUCAACGAUAACGAGAAGCGAUAUCCCAAGGGAGGAAGUGCUACUGGAAGUCACGGGUUGACAACUCUCAAUGGGAGCAGCUUUGGGAGGACCGCCGAUUACACAGUCGUCGAUCGACCGUUCUUCAUCAGCAUUGGCAAGGACGGCUUGAUUGCGGCUUUGCAGAAGCUCGAUACACAGCUCAAGAACUCAGGGCGCACGCAGAUCCUGUCUCGCAAGUUUCCCACGGACUGGAUCGGCAAGGAAAUCACCCCCGGCAGGAUUGGCUUGAUCAAUCAUGGUGGCCUGCCCAAAGUUCUGACCCGUCCAGGAAGAUACCCAGGCGCGCCCCUGCGAAAUUGGUGGGCUCGCAAGUGGUGUGGGACGAAAGGCCUGUCGGACACGGUCAUUGAGUUUCAGGGUCUUACCGUCGUUCAGGUAUCUCAGAAUCAGGCCGCUGUUGUAUCCGACCCUCAGAACCAAAUAUUUGUGAUAAAGAACUCAGGUUUCGUGGCUUUUGCUAUCGAAGGCGCAUAUAACGUCCUGUCUGUUGUGGAUCAAACGCACCUGCCGACGCCCAUCAAAGAUAAGAUUACCGGUGUCACUCUCGGAUGGUGCCACGAGGUUACGAUGACCAGUAGUGUCCGAGAUGGAAAAGAGAGAGACUACGUCGUCGCACUCUUCCUGAAUAUCCCAGCGAAUAACUGUGCGGUCCUGCAGCGAGGCGACGACCUCGAACUCCUCCCCGCUGGUCAGCACUACAUCACUAAUCCCAACGUCACUCUUCGUGGGAUGUAUACGCUUGGUGAGAACCAGCUUGAGAUGCCUACGAAGGACAUCUUUACGCGGGAUCAAGUUCCCGUCAGUCUGACGAUCUACUUGAAAUGGCAACUUACAGAACCACUAAAGCUGACGACACACGGGUACCAUACACCCUACGACGCUCUGAGGGACAAGACACAGUCCAUCUUAACACAGAUUGUUGCGCAUCUGGACUACAGUGCUAUGGUGAAGCAGCGCUCGAUCGGGCCAGACAACCUCGAAGAUGGCACGGACCCAAACUCAGCAUUCCUCGACGCAUUGAGGACACGCGCGAUGGACGAUCUUAUCGUUGCUGCUCUCGAGUACGGCAUCGUGCUGAAAGAUCUUGCUGUGAUCGACCGUCAAUUCAAGGGCGAUAUCGCGACGACAAUGGACAAGCUGACCACGAGGGCGCUACAGGCCCAAGUGGAGGCCGCUAAUGUCGACCGCGAAAACAGUAACAAGAUCAAGCAGGAGGAGGGCGCUCUUGCCGUGGCCCGCGUCCAAGCACAUGUACGGAAUACCACAGCCGAUGCGGAAGCAUACAGCGUUGUCGCCGCCGCAAAGGCACAAGCGCAGAAGCUCCAAAUCGAGACGGAGGCUCAGGCCCAGGCAACGCGGCUCAUGGCGGAGGCGGAGGCUGAGGCGAUUCGUAUUCGCGCCGCGGCGGACGCGCAAGUGCGCGACGAGUUCGCGCGCGAGAUGGAGCUCCGCCGUGUGGAGGUGUCUCGCGUGAAGGCGUUCGGGAACAAGACGGUGUUCGUCCCCACAGAAGGCGUCGGCGCGCAGAUGGGGAGCAUGAUGGCGACGGGGAUGGCUGCCGGCUUGGGCGCAGAUGCAAGGAAGUAG